UUUUCGGUAAUCUCUUCUUCUACUGCGCUUUCCGGAUAAUUUGAGGUUUCGUCUGCCUCCGCUCCGUUCUCGGAUUCUUUGGGAAUGGGUUUGCAAUUCAGAGUUGGGGAAGGAUUUUCUAUUGGGCCUUCGUCAACUAUUGUAAUUCGAGGGUCUUUAUGGUGUUGACUGGCGGAGUUCCUCAACAUGUGUGCUGUGAAAAAUGAUGGUGACACAGAAAGGCUGCCAAAAGAACAGCCCGAUUCAUCACCAAAUGAUGAAGGUAGCUGGAGUGGAUCACCAACAGCUGGUGAAGGUGUAGUUUUGAAGAAGGGACCAUGGACAUCUACAGAAGAUGCCAUUUUGAUAGAUUUUGUGAAGAAACAUGGGGAGGGGAACUGGAAUUCUGUUCAAAGAAACACGGGGCUCCGUAGGUGCGGGAAGAGUUGUCGUUUACGUUGGGCGAAUCACCUUAGGCCAGAAUUGAAAAAAGGGGCACUUACUCCAGAGGAGGAGGAAUGUAUUAUUCAAAUGCAUGCUAAAAUUGGCAACAAAUGGGCUCAGAUGGCUGCACUUUUACCUGGACGGACAGAUAAUGAGAUAAAGAACUUUUGGAAUACAAGAACAAAGAGAUUGCAGCGAGCUGGCUUGCCACUUUACCCUGCCAGUAGUAUUUGCUCAGGAGAUUCAAAUGAGAACCAGCUGAUCCAGAUUGACGGUGAGUUCUGCAAUGGUGAUAUAGAGAACAGUGGAGUUUUACAUGAAGCCAUGAAUGAGAUGCAGGAAUUUGGAUUUGAUCCUUGCAAAACUACUAUUGGGCAAGUAUCAUACGCACCUUUAUCAGACCUUCUAAGUCAGGGCCUUGAGUGGCCUUAUACUCGCAGCUUGUUGAACCAAGGAUUAAACGAUAUUAAGCGAAAUAUAGUAUCUGAAACCUUCUUGCCUGGAUACCACGGUAGCCUUGGCAGUGUUGUUUCUAACUUCAAAGAACUUACAAGCGGGCACUCUGAAUCAAUGUAUCGGAACCUCGGAUUAGGUUUUUCCUAUGAUGCUGACCCUGAUAUGAAGAACCUGUUAUCGUGUUCCAUACCUGGCAGCCAUGGCUUAUCACAUGGCAACUUCUCUGCUUCCAGGCACUCUGCAGGAACUGUGAAGCUGGAGCUCCCUUCACUCCAAUGUCCAGAUACUAAUUAUAGUAAUUGGAUGACAUGCCCGGAUACACCUCCUUAUAAUAUCCUCGUCCAAUCUCCUGGAAAUGUUUCAUUAAUGUCCGACUGUGCUUCACCAAGAAGCAAUGGCCUGUUAGAAGCGUUGGUUCAGGAGUCGCAGAAGAUAAACUGUGGAAAGAACCAGUCAUCUGAGAAAAGCUCCUGCUCUUCUGCCAUUACUCUCAGCGACAUAAUGGAAAGUACAACUGUGAACUUCUGCACUGCAGAAUGGGAAGAAACUUGUGACCAGAGAUCUCCCUUCUCCCAAUCUGUCGAUGAACACGCACAGAUCACUAGCAAUUCCUUGGAAGAACUUACUCCCAAAGCUACUUCAGGUUCAGAUGGAAAAAUGGUGGUUGAACAGGAUUCCACCACCAGCACGCCGGACACACAGCCAGGUUUCCUGAGACCUGAUGCUUUGCUUGGAUCAAACUGGAAUUUAAGAGAUUCCCGUAGAACAAAAGAGAACUCGGAUUCUUUUUGUGCACUUCAAGGUGAUAACUUGAGCCCAGCUGAGGUCUCUCUGGACUCUUGUCCAUGGAAUAGCAUGCCCUCGAUUCACCAAGUACCUGAACAUUAAGCUUUACUUGAUUGCUGAAAAACCUUUAAAAUGUUUUCCAUUAGUUGUUUAAAGAGGAACUAUUUAGUCUCUGUAGAGUUGUCCCAGAGCAGAGAAGGCAUUUCUGUUUGUUUGCAGCUUGGCAUAUUUUAGGUUUAGAAUUGUUGCCACUUGUAGAUUUUUCUUGUUGCUUGCUAUUCAAUAACAAUGCAGGAUUGGAUGGA